AUGCGUUCAGAUACCUCACCCUACUGUUCUCCGGUUGCUUCUCCCAUCAUGUCUCCCCGACGCUCAAACUCUCCUCAGCCUUCGCGCCGCUCUCAACCACAGUCCAAGUCCAAGGCCAAGCCCACUCAAAGUUUCCACCUCGGAAGCCUGCCAAGGUUCCACCCGGCUGUUUAUCAGCCCAGCAGUACCUCUCAUCCCACCGGACCUCAGCCACCCUCGCCUCGCCAGACCCGACAAUCCUCCUACCGUACUUCCGGCUCCCGCGACAUGAUGUGGCAGUACCGCGAUCUGACCGAGGGCUCGCACACCGGUCCCUCCGCACCCCGCCUAGAUCCGCUUAUCAGCCCGGGGGUCCGCAAUGCAUCUGACCGGACCCGUGAUGUCUCGAAGCCAACCACCUCCCCAGAGCUGAUGGACAGACUCAUUGCUUAUGAGGAAAAGGCUCGGCAGUUGCGCAAGCCUUCUAAACGGUGA